GCAGACAGAUAGAGAGAGAGACAGACUAAGUAACUCAUGAGUAAACGCAGAGCAUCAGGUAAUCUUGGGCACAUGAGCAAACAGAGCUUGUCUGACUGACAGCUGGUCACAAGUUUCUCCACGCCCUGGGCGGUGCCAGUUUAAGUUCAAUGACAGAUGACUAUGUAGUGUGAUAAACUCUGGACACACACAUGUCCUCAGCGAUGCAUAGCAAUCAGAAAGAGCAUUUGUACAAAAUUCUUGUCAUUGGUGAUUUGGGAGUAGGGAAGACCAGCAUCAUCAAACGCUAUGUGCAUCAGGUGUACUCCGCAAACUACAGAGCGACUAUCGGGGUGGAUUUUGCGCUCAAAGUUCUCAACUGGGACUCAGAGACGGUCCGGCUGCAGCUGUGGGAUAUCGCAGGUCAGGAGAGGUUCGGGAACAUGACUCGGGUUUAUUACCGGGAGGCCAUGGGGGCAUUCAUUGUUUUUGAUGUUACCAGACCCACCACAUUUGAGGCAGUCUCCAAAUGGAAGGAGGAUCUGGACUCAAAAUUGAUACUUUCAAAUGGCCAGAGUGUCGCCACAGUGCUCCUGGCCAAUAAGUGCGACCAAAAUAGAGACUUUCUGACUAACAAUGGCCUGAAGAUGGACCAGUACUGCAAGGAGAAUGGAUUUGUGGGCUGGUUUGAGACGUCUGCUAAGGAAAACCUCAACAUUAACGAUGCUGCCAACUUCCUAGUUAAACACAUCAUAGCCAGUGAGAACGAUAUCCUGAAAUCAGUAGUUCCAGAUACCAUCUCUCCUCAGCUCAACUCUGGUAAAGAAAUGGCCUGUUCUGGAUGUUUCAAACCUUGAGAGGAGAUGGCAGCAAUGUAUGGCAGCCGACCAUCAAAAAGUCGCAACCAGCAGAAAGAUCCGUUCGUUAGUUACACCAGUCUACAGAAUUAAAUUAAAGACAUUUUGAGCUUGCACAGAAUGAACACAGAGUAAAUGUAUUCAUGUUUGAAGCUGCACCUUAUGUUUUUGUGAGUGAAUUAAGUGAGUCUUUUUGUGUUGUUGUAUAUCUGGAGUUCUGGACUAGCGUGCCUGACUGCACAACGUGAGACUUCUCUCUGUCAGACACAGACAUAUGGCCGAUUAUGCUUUUAGAAGUUUUUUAAUCUUUAUGUAAUAUAGGUUCUGGUGGACUGGGGCUGUCAAAUGAAAAUGUACAACAUCAAGAUAUUUUCAGAACUGGUUUGCAUCUGCAUUUCAGCUAUAUUCCUGACUAAACUCACUAACAUUUCUAAAGAUCUCAUAAAGUUGCACUAAGAUCAUUUUUAUUCUCUCUUUACGUUUAAGCAGGACAUACUGUACCACAGGGCUUGUUCUUUUUCUUUCUUUCACUUUUUUUUGUGUAAAGGGGUCAUGAACUGGCUUUUUCAAUUUUAUUAUAUUAUUGU